AUCGGGCUAGAAAUUAAUAUACUAAGAUUUAUUCCAUUUUUAACAAAAUCUAUCAAACAAAAAAAUAUAGAAGCAAUAUGUGAGUAUCUUGUAGUUCAAGCAUUUGCCUCAUCUAUUAUAUUAUUUUCUGGGUUUUUAAUAUAUAAUAAUUAUGGAUCGAUAAAUGUAUACUGCAUAAUUUUAUCAUUUGCAUUAAUAACUAAAAUAGGAAUAUUCCCCUCAUAUUACUGA